AUUGACGUUGCAGUCGGAGAUAAAAAAGCGUUACAGUGAAUAAUUUUCAUAAUGGAGAAAGAUGGCCCGCCGGAGUCGGGAGAUGAUGACAAUGAGAGGCCACCGCAUCGACAACAAGAACAAGAAGGGGAAGAGCACGCGCAAGCUCAGCGGGGAGGGGCGGAAGGACUUGCACAAAAUCAACCAAUAGCGUCCCAGGCAAAUAACCCAAAUCAGCAAACCAGCAGUGCAGCUUCCCAAGAAGAAGUUGUCCUAAGUAAAAGCGUUACAUACAACUUUUACUAUGCGCCAGUUUAUACCGGGACAGUAAAGGGGGACGUGAUGACGUCUAAGCAUGAAAUAAAAGAUUCAAAGUUUCGUAAUAUUGAAGGUGCUUCACAAACACCGAUGCCAACGCCACCAAUCCGAUUUCCAGCUCUGGGGGCAGCUGCUCAGCAAAUGGCUUUACCAUGGCCAGGUCAACAGUCUCCAAUGCAAAGGUUUGGAAUGCCAAUGUUGCCCCCACCAUGUGCACCAGCAGCACUAGAGUGGCGAGGGGAUCAGAGACCCCCAAAUGAACAAAGUCAUCAACCACAAGAAGAACCAAGUGAGGAACAACCAACAAAUAUUCCUAUUGCUUUGCCAGCUCCACCAGCUGAAACACAAUCUCAACAAACAGGAGAUAUCGACAAUGGAUCAACUCAAGCAGGUUCUUUAUCAAAUGAACUUUCACAAGCACAAGCUCCAAUCACUUUGUCAUCAAUGACUGAAGAAUCCUAUCAAGCUUCAACAAGAAGAAAGACAACACAAGUUCAAACUGGAAGACCACAAACAACAGCAGGACAAAUUUCAAUCUCACCCAGAAGGAUUGAGGCAACACCAGAAGACAUUGAGCAUCGUGACAUUCAUUCUUCAGAACCAUAUCAGCUAUCAACAAGAAGAAAGACAAGAAGAGCAGUCAGUGUCGGCACACCACAAGACAGAGAAACUGGAAGUUCAGUAACUCCAAGGAGGCUCAAGACAACAUUUGAAAGCAUUGGGCCAAAUGAGCCAAGGCCAAGACGAGCUGGAAGUACAGGGAGCACUCAGAACCAAUCUGUCUCGAAUCGUGCAUUCAGUCAAGCAAGUGAUGAAGAAACAACUCCAAAAAGUAUUGGCACAUCGUCGAAAGAUAAUGAAGAUGUGAUGCUCAGCGAUGAAGACAGUUUUGACGAUACUACUUACAGUUUUGCGGAUUUGGGAAGUGAAGAAGAUUUAGAUCAUAAUGAAGAUUUGCCAACCAUUGAAGUAGAACCCUUCACAAGCGGUAGCAUACCAGAAGACACGAUGUUAACUGGAACACUGACUGGUGAACAAAAUAUUCGAGAUUCAGUGCCUUCAAGACAAGUUGGAGGAGAGCAUGAAAGUGAAGGAGAGGCCUCUGGAUAUCAAAGGUUUGGAAGCGAAGCUUCGAAAACUUCAGGAAGCAGUGAUGAGGAAAAUGACUCAAAAUCUCAAAGAAGAAGGCAACGAAGCCACAAAAAGCGAACUUCUCCUCAUAGAAGACGAGCAGCGUAUUUCAGAGCUGCCCUGAGCCAAACUGAAACUGCAGCUACUUGUAACACGGAAUCACAGACAAAUGUCUUGCUGAAACGAGAACGAACAAUUCAAACAGAGGAAGAACAAACAUAUGAGAUGGAAGUGCAAACUGAGAAGCCGGAACGAAGAAACAGACGCUGCCAAGCUGAUUUCACAACUGACAUUGACACCCAAACUUCGUCGGAUGAACCAAGCAUUCUCCCUCAACCAGAUAGAAAAAUAGUCCAAGACUUUUCUCAAAUGGCCGAGCCAGAUGUUAUUGAAAAUGAGAUCCAAACAGAGGAGAAACAAUUAUCGCACGCCCCAACCCAAACCGCCAUUAAAACUUUUGCUGAAAAUGAAUUCCAAACAGAUCCAAAAGAAAUUGCACAAGAUGGAACACAAACAGACAAAACAGAAGAUAUUUCAUCACUGAUUUUUCCAGCUGAUCUGAUAGCAGAAUAUAAAAAAGAAGAAUCCCUCAUUUCAGAAGAUUUUCGGAGAAAAUACAAGGAUAUGCUUGAUCUGGUCGAAAACUCAUGGCAGCGUAUAGUCAAUCGAUCGGUUGUUACUGACUGUGAACAACUUCUCCCUAAUGUUGAAAACACAGAGGCAAUGUGUGUUAAAAGUUUCCAAGAUUUAGCAAAGCUUAACUUAUCAAAAGAUGAUUCAUCUACAUUAUUAUCCUGUAUCCCAAAACUUGGAAAGAUGAAAAAUUUGGGUAAUAAGUUGAAGGAAAACGGCCACAGCUUACAUGCCAUUGUUUCAUUAUACACCAUAGCAAAAAUUUACGAACUCAACAUCAAAGGUGAUAUCUCAGUUGAGAGUAUAAGUAGGUGUGUUUGUGAAAUAAGAAUUGUUGUGAGAUCAAUUAGAACUGGAUUAUCAGAAAAAAUGAGAAAAAUCAUUAAAAACACUGUGAUACCACUCAUGCAGGAGAUGGUGAAGUUUCUUCAAUCAAUUAAGGCUUCGAGUCAUAAAGUUAGAGUAAAAAUGGAGGCUUGGUGCUUAUAUCGCAUUGGACGUUGUUACUCUUACUGCAAUGAAUAUCAUGAAUAUGCGAACCUAAACCAACUUGGGAUCAAUCUAAUAAGAACAGAGUUUAAAGAAGAAGCGCAAACGUAUCAAAUUUAUGGACAUUGUCUUCAUCAUGCGGGAGUCGCUCACAAGAGAAUGGGAAAUAUAGAGAAAUCUGUUGAAUUGUAUAAAAUGUCAUUGGAAGCGAAGGCAAAUGCUAAAGAUUUUCCAAGUGAUAAAGAUAAGAAUCAAUCUACUGAAUCCACCAGGAAGAAUUUGAAAAAAAAUGAAGCUUUGUUGCGCAAAUGAGUGAGACUGCCUUAUAACAUAUUUUCCAUAUUCUUCAACCCUUAUAAAAUUAUGUUGAUUGAUCUAAUUUUUCAAAUUUCAACUGGAAACAAAAAUCUUUUCUGGUAAUCAUAAUAACAUAAAAAAUAUUUUUUUUUGUGCAGCGUUUCUUGAUUGAGAAUUUUCUUGAGUGAGUAAUG